AUGGAGGCUGAGGAGGGCUCGUGGCUGGCGAUUUCCCAGGCCGCUGGGCCGCCUUCGGCCCAGUUGGUGGUGGCGGCGGAUCCGCAGGGCGUGGAGAGGCCCAGCCAACGGGUGGCGAGGCGCUUUAGGUGGCUCUGGCUGCCAAAGGACUGCGCCAUACCUACCCUAGGGUUUCCAGCUCGUGCAAGUGAGGUGAGACAGAGGCUAAACGACCCUACCGCACCGCCGCACCAUCUGCUCCGGAAAAUCGCGCCGCCACCACCUCUCUCGCGUUCCUUCGCGGCGGCGGUGAUGGACAGGGGGUACGAGGAGGGGCGGAAGAGGCGGCUGGAGGGGGAGGCGAGCCAGUGGAGGUCGGAUGGCGGCGACUUUGGCGAGGGUCGCGGCUCCGGCGUGGGUCGCGGCGACGGCGGGAGGCAAGACGGUGGCGGCAGGCACGAGGGGAACAGCCGCCAGGGUGGGGAAUACCGCUACCAGGGCACGGAUUUCCGGUACCAGGGGCGCGGCAGGGAUGAUUGGGGCUCGCCGCCGCCGUGGUGGGAAGAGCAACAACGCAGAGAGGCGGCGCAGCGUCGUGAAGAGGAGCAGUGGCAGCGCCAACAAGAGGCGCAGCGAGGCAGGGGGCCGGGAGACCGUGUGGCGACUGCGGGUCAGGGCGACCGCGGUGGCGCAGGGGCGCCUCACCAAUACAACAACAACAAGGCGAGGCCUUUCAAGAAGGCGCAGGGCGCAGCCGGGGGUGCGCAGCAGCCCGUGGUGAAGGGGAAGAACAAAGCCAGUGCUUCCAAGGGAGGGACGCUGGUCGGUGGGGAAUGCUUCAAGUGCGGUCGCGAGGGACAUUUCCAAUCGGAGUGCACUUUCGAGCCUCUGUGUGUGAUUUGCAGCGCCGAGGGUCACACUUCGGCGAACUGUCCGUCGAGAGGGAAGAAGCUGAGGCUUCAAUCUAUGGGACACGCGAUUUCUGGGGGAGGGUUCUACAACAUCGAUGUGAAGCCACUAAGGGGCAGCCAGGCACCGGGGGAGGUGUUCGCGGCGAUCAUUAGCUUCAAGGGGAAGCCGCUGUCAGAGGAGAUGCUUUCCGAUGAGCUCAAGCACCUUAUGGAUGAGCUUUGGGAUUGGCAAGUGCGCAAGCUCUCGGAGGUGGAGUUCUCCGUGGUCUUCCCCUCCCGUGAGACGCUUAGGCUGAGCACGGGUAGUGGCAAGCUUUACCUCCCGCUGAGCAAGAUGGAUACUGCUAUCCGUGAGGCCUUUCUGGCUCCAAAACCGAGUGUGCUACUCCCGUCGACUUGGGUUUGUUUGACCGGAGUCCCGGAGGAUUUGAUGACGAAAGGGAGGCUCAUGGCAGCGUUUGUGAUGGUGGGAAGGCCCUUUGAGGUUGACGAGCUGUCGCUGAAGAAAAAGGACACGGAACCGAUUCGCAUGCGCUUCCAUUGUCGGUUCCCGUAG